UUCCCUUUGUUCUCAAAUCCAUUGGCUUCUUCACAUAUCUAACAGGGAAGCAAGCAGAUCUUGGUACCAACUACAUCACACUCAUCUUCGUACAUCUCCUACAAUUACUUAGUGGGACAAACGUCUUCCAAGCCAGGACCUACUGAGAAUGUCUGAUCAAAUAGCAAAAGGUCAGGAGUUUGAGAAGAAAGCUGAGAAGAAACUCACUGGCUGGGGCUUCUUUGGGUCCAAGUAUGAAGAUGCUGGUGAUCUGUAUGAAAAAGCUGCCAAUUGUUACAAGCUGGCCAAAUCUUGGGACCAAGCUGGAUCUGUAUAUGUCAAGCUGGCUGAGUGCCAUCUGAAAAUGGAUAGCAAACAUGAAGCUGCUAAUGCUUAUGCCGAUGCAGCUCAUUCAUACAAGAAAACAAACACCAAGGAGUGCAUAGCUCAUCUAGAGCAAGCACUAAAUAUAUUCAUGGAAAUUGGGAGGCUCAGUAUGGCUGCCAGAUAUUGCAAGGAAAUUGCUGAGUUAUAUGAACAGGAGCAAAAUUUGGAGCAGGCUAUAGUUUACUAUGAUAAAGCAGCCGAUCUUUUCCAAGGUGAAGAAGUAACCACUUCUGCAAACCAGUGCAAGCAGAAAAUCGCACAGUUUUCAGCUCAAUUGGAACAAUAUCAGAAAGCUAUAGAGAUUUAUGAAGCGAUAGCACGACAGUCUCUCAACAAUAACUUGCUAAAAUAUGGAGUUAGAGGAUAUCUACUGAAUGCUGGCAUUUGCCAACUCUGUAAAGGUGAUGUUGUUGCAAUCACAAAUGCAUUGGAGCGUUAUCAGGAAUUGGAUCCGACAUUUUCAGGAACACGUGAAUACAAAUUGCUAUCGGAUUUAGCUGCUGCAGUGGAUGAUGAAGAUGUUGCAAAGUUCACUGAUGCUGUGAAGGAAUUUGACAGCAUGACUAAGCUGGACGAGUGGAAGACGAGCCUUUUGUUGAGAGUGAAAUUGUUGCUGAAGGCGAAGGAGAACGAGGAUGAUGAUGAUCUUACUUGAACCAACAUAUAUGCUUGAUUGUGGGUUUUUGUUUAGGGUGAGUGAUGCUAAUGUAUGUAAUGUAAUUCCAUUUGAGGAAUUAAAUAUGUGCAUUUUGGUGGUUUUGUAGAGGAUGGCCAUAUACUGCAUUGUCCAACAUUUGGAUCUGUUUCAUGUGUGCAUUCAAAACCUUUAGUUUUUCCUUAAUAACAUGAAGCCUUGCCACUCCUAA